GAGGGGUGAAACAUUAUCUGUUAAUUGUUCAAAGAAACGCACCAAAGUCUGGGAUUAAGAAUGCUUCCAUUUUCUGAGUUAUCUAUAGCUUGCGCGAGAUGAAAUAGUUGCUACUAAAUACGGAUUGUUGAUCACUAUCCUUGGAACAUAUAUUCAGUGUUUUAAAGUGUUCAAAAAGGGAUAUUUUGAAUUCGGAAAAUGGGAAGGAAAUCGCCAUCAAAGCAAGAUCAACAUAAAAAUGCAAACCCGACAUCCCAGCAAUCAUCAUCAUCCGGAGCUUUGAAGAAAGAGGCGGCUGUAUUGAAAGACACCAGUCUCGCAGUGCUCUCGCGAGAGCUGGGAGCCCUCGACAAAUACAGCGGUCUAAUGCUUGGGAUGUACCUAAAUGUUCCUACCACUACUAUCGUCAACAUCGCUAACGCCGCGUCAGACGACGGGUAUGAUGACGUCAGCGACAGAACCCGGAUUGACACCACACAGAAAAUACUGAUCACGUGGAAGGACUCUUGGAAAGACAUGCGCCCAAAGAUUAAAGAGCGGGAAAAAGUGAAAGAGCUUGCGCGAGCAGUUACCGAGAUGGGGAAAUCUGAAAUGGCAGCUGUGAUCACCGACAAACAUGGGGAAAACGCGGAACUUACGGCGGACGCUUUUCAAGGCCUCACAUCAUGAAUAUCAUUAAACUAGUAUUUGUGAAAAUCUCAGGAAUUUCGACUCAUCCUGAAUAAAGAUCAUUGGGUUCUUUCACCUUAUAUCUGUGACUUAGCCAAAGAAUGUCUUCGUCUCUUUACUAUUGGAGCAUGGAGUGCAGAUUUCAUAUACACUGUAUUGGCAACGCUAUUUCCUAAUGCCGUCUAUUUAUAUUCCUAUAUUCUUUUGUCCAUGGCCAAACAAAACAAUUAUUGUAAUUAGGAAACACGUACGUAUAUUGUACAUACUGUUUUGUCAAAUAACAAUACAUUGGGGGAAAUAUAUAUACCUUGUGUGUGCAAAUUCAUUACCUGAAAAUUUUGUUCCAGUGAAAGAUUGAGGAAGUCCAUAAUUCAUAGUAGAUAUUAAAUCCCUUCUACACAGGAGUACAUGGUAA